UUUCAGUAAUGAUUGUAACCAUUCAGGCUGUUUUCUGUGUGGUUAAAGAAUUGCUUCAGUCGCUGCUUUCCUAUUGUCACGAAGAUUAUUCAGAAGGUACGUGUAAUGGCUAUGAUGCUAUCGAAAUUCCGAUAGAGAAUCGUGGUGGACUUACAAGAGGGGAAGAACUUCAAACAGAAACAUCAAGGAAAUACAAUAAUGGUCAUGUGCAACUUUCUGUGCAGAGUUCUAAUUUAAAGUUUGGUGAUGCAAAUAUUUUCAGGAAAGGUUUCCACCAAUCAACUAAUCAAGGAAAUUCUUUGCCACAUUUUAAUCAUACUGUUUGGGAAGAAGAUUGGGAUAAUGAUAUUGUAAAUGACACGCAUCAUAGCAGAACUGAUCCCAAUAUUGAACCUUCCAAAAGUGAUGUAUAUAUGACAAAUCAAAAAUCUUACCCUUGUGUUAAUAGUGAUAAAGAUUUGCUGUGGGAUGAAACAUCUUCAACAUAUUCCUCAGAUUCAGAAGCUUAUUUAGUAUCUUCCCAGUAUUUUGAUGCAGAUUUAGCUACAAGAUCUCUUCACCUUGUUUCAGAAAGAGAGUGGCUGGAUGAACUUGAAUCACUAUAUUUCUCAGAUAUGUUAAUAGAACUGAAGUCACUUCUUCCAAGGGCUUUUGAAGCCAGCAGGAAUUGCUUUGAUUUUGUUUUGUAUGUUAUCAAAUUUGCUGACUUUGAUAUUCAAGCUGGCAAAAAGUCACUGGCUUAUAUGACUCUUGUUGAGUUUGAGGCCUGGCUGAAGUCAAAGACUGAAGGAAGGAAUGUUCAAGAAAUCCAACAGCUAGGUUACUGGCCAUCUGACAAUCAGAAGGACUUAGCUUUGGAAGUAGUUGCAUCAUCUACAUUUCUGUUGUUUGAGCCAGUUAAAAGGACAUUUCAACUUGAUUCAGGAGACAACAGUUUCUUAACCAAGCAUGUGAGAUUUUUAAUGCAUUCCAGGAGGAAGUACAAAGAGGCUGCCACCAUUGCAUAUAAGUUAAAACUUCAAAGGCAUUUUGAAGUAACUGAGAUUUUGUUACCUUUGAUCAUUGUCAACAAGUUGCAAUUAGCAGAGAGCUAUGUGGCAGGCUGUCCCACAUCAUUACAACUUUUUAUGAAGUUGAUAGAUGAGUUAUGUACGAUGACAGAUGAUGAUCUGGAGCUUGUUGUUGAGAAGACUGUUUCUCCAAAACCAAAGGAUCACAGACUCAAGAACAAGAUUCUUAUUAAGUUAGGAGAGAGGCUUGUGAAAAUGUUUCAUUUAAAAGCAGAGAACUACCCCAAUAUAUACAAAGAAAAGAACUUAAAUGGAUUGAGAUAUCUCUUACAGAAGAAAUAUUCAGAGAAACAACCAUUAAGUCACAAGUGGGACAAUCUCAUUGAGAGUGCUCUUGGUGAUAACAAAUGGCUUCAGCACAAACUAAUAGAAAGUUUGGUUGAGUUUGAUGAUAUUGAAGAGGCUGUUAGAUGGACUAGGUACUAUUGCCUGCCUCUGGAGUCAGUUCAUCCUUUGGUUAAAGAUCUUGUGGAAAGCUGGCAAGGUGCAAGUGAAGAUUCUGAAGACUGGGAAGCGGAAAUAGAAGGAAAGUUAGAGCGUAAAGUGUACAACGAUAUACCUUCAACAUUAAAUUCUGCACCUGCCAACUGCUAUCGGCUGCCAUUAUCUGCUGAUAGGAUAUUCGUGGUUGACAACACUCAGUCUUUAAGGGAAUGUACGCAAGUCCUCUGUAAGCCCGGUAAUGUUGUAGGAUUUGACACUGAGUGGAGACCGACAAUGUGUCGCGCGGGAACUGAUGACAGACUUUCGAUUAUUCAGCUUUCUACAUGGAAUGAAGUGUUUAUAUUGGACGUGAUAGCAAUGACAGACAACGUUAAAGACGCCGAGAUGCAACAGUUUGCUGAAAGUUUCUUUGCUAAUCCUCGCGUUCUAAAGCUAGGUUAUGGAGUUGACUCUGAUUUUCGAAACUUGGUUUCUUCGAGUCCCCCGUGCGAACAUGCUGUGACACGUCUUGCUCGGUUUGUUGACCUGUGUCCAUUAAGUAAACAGAUACUCAGUAUACCAAGUGUGCAACAAAAAGUCAGUUCCCGCAUGCGUAGUGUAUCUGCAAGAGAGCGUGCUUGUAUGGAAGAAGAGCGAGGCUUGAGCGAGUUGGCGUUCUUGUGCCUUGGUCAAGCUUUAGACAAAACGUAUCAGAUCUCCGACUGGGAACGGCGUCCGUUAAGCGAGGAUCAGCUGAUUUAUGCAGCUUUAGAUGCUUUCUGUUUGCUGGAGAUUUACGAGGUCCUUAAACAGUGGGUGGUGGAGUCGAGGUUACGAGUCGAUAUGGAGCCUGGUCUUGUGCUUACAUGGUUACAUCCGAAGAAGGAAAAACAGCGUCGGAGCAGACGGAAGCAGCCGAAGCCAGGCACGCGCUCUAAUGAUUUGCUUCCUCCUGCGAAGAAAAGAGAUCCCAUUCCUCCUCAGUCACUCAGGGUCGUGGUUGAUACAAUGCUGCAGGGUCUGGGUCAACAUUUGAGAUGUUGCGGGAUUGAUGUGGUUAUUCUGGAUAACAAGGGCGAUCACGAAAGAGCAGUUAAGAUCGCCCAAACUGAGGAUAGAAUCAUCCUGACAACGGGCUUGCCAUAUGAACAGUUGCGUGCCCGGGUACCUGAAGGAAUGUGCGUUUGUGUUCCAAGUGGAAAGAUUCGACAACAAGUAUCAGCUCUGGUGAAAUAUUUUAACGUGCAAGUAAAGAAACAAGAUAUCUUUAGUCGCUGUCAGGUCUGCAAUGGGGAUGAUUUCGUGAAAGUUCAUAAGGAUGACAUGCGAUUAGUCAUGGGGAUCUUCCAUGGUCGUUUUAGAGCCCCACUGCCAGGCUUUGAGCCAAAGAACUGUCCUGUGAAUCUUAAGGAUCUGACUUUACCCAGCGGAGUGCCUCUGAAGCUUGGUCCAUUACCUGAAACUGUAGUGGACAGUGUGGAUUUGUUCUUUUGUUGUUCCACUUGUGGUAAAAUUUUCUGGGAAGGGGGACAUCACAAAAGAGUCAACGCACAAUUUUCUUACGUCCUGGACAGUUCCCAAUAGCAAAACCCAUCUUAGCUGUCUUUACUAAGUGGAGUACCUCCCAAGUUUGUCCCAAAAAUAUAUUUCGUUACUUUCUGUUGUCUAACAAUUGAAUGAUCUUCAAAUUACUAUCACAUGAUUGAAGAAUCCAAAACUCGUGUCGUGGUUUAGAGACACGGGGUAGAGACACCACAAAUUUGAGACUCUUGCCGUUGGUAAACUCAAUAUUGAGAUACUGUUCCCCUGUUUGUAAUGGCAAGAAAAUUUUAAACAUUUUCGCCAUUGACGCUCACACAUUCUUGAGAAACCACAACUUUAUCGAUGAACAUUGUUGACUGAUCAACUCUGUUGAUAGAUACACGAUGGAGAGACAUUGCGAUUUAUUUCCUGUUUCGUUGUUGAUGAAUACACGAUGCAGACACCGUUGAUUUAAAAAUGUUUCCUUGUGGCAAACAUUUGAUAUAGAAACCACACCUGUAAAAUAUUUUCAUAAAUUUACAAUGUAGAGACACCACCACUUUCACCACCACUUUACAAUCGUCCCUUUUCUUUACAAAUAAAAUAAAUCAUGUUAAGACUUAGUAAAACUCUUAUUCCACGUA